GCUCGAAGCUGAUGGCCGUGGACGAGACUUUUAGCGCUUAUCGAUAGGGCGAGCAAUCUGGAACAACUGAGGAAAAUUUCCAACGCGAGUUCACGUGCCUUCACCUGCGACGUUGCAUGCCCAGGCGCUGAGCUAGCCAAUAGCAGGGUUUGAAACUUUCGCACUGCAGAAACGCGUCCAUCUGCGCGAGUGCGACUAAGAAUAUGGAAUCGCAUACCCGGUUUGUUGUUACGGCGUGGCGUGAUAGUCGCGAGCUGCUUCAGCUGCGCCAGGACCUGUAUAGUCCUGAGACUAGUAGGAGAGAGAAGGCGGUGAACAAGGUGUUUGCUUGGCGACUACGGAAACCUGACGGCUUGCCAUUGCUGCUGGACUCGACGGCAGAUAUCGUCGAUGUAGUGCUUCAAGAUGCAAGAAGCGAGUUGCCACAUAAUGCACUACGGUUGUUGUAUGCGACUGCGAUAUCAAGAUUCAUAACCGGUCUAGCAGACACGCAAAUCGACCUAACCCGCGACCGCCCCUCAUGGUUUCCCCCCGGCAAAUCCCUCCAACUGCCUCUCACCCUCCUAGAAACCCGUCACCGGAUCGUCCACCGACACCUCCCUUCCCUCGCCGAGCUAAAGCGCGCAGCCACCGAGUCCCUCUCCUGGCUCUGGGAAUGGUACUGGCUCCAGCUCGACCAUGCGUUCAAGACAGGUGGUAGCGUGGUUCCCACAACAGAAGAAGAGGAGGAGCUAGGUGUACAAAGCCGAGAAGCCGUGCGAGAAAAACUCCAAAGUAUACUAAAAACCUACGUCAAAGAACGCAAGUCCGAGAUCAAAAACAGAAAGAAAGACGACAGUAAGGCUGCUGAAACAGCGUUGUCAACGUAUACCCUGCGUUACGCACCCACUGCUACUACCACGCCUUCAACUCAGACACAACGCGUACUAUUGCACUUGCUGGUUGAAGAGAAAAUGAUUCUGCCCACGGAUAAGAAACUGGGGAGUACCAUGUCCGGCGCCUUCAUCAUCUGGACACCACUACUCCGCGCUUUCUGCCUCGGCGGCGGUGUUCUGCACAUCAAGACUCUAGUCGAGCAUCUCAUGCGUGCUAUGAACGUGUCAUCUCCCGCCGCACGCGCAAUGAUGAAUCCCGAGAUGGAUCCUGUGAGGGAGGGGCUGCAGGAUUGGAUUAUCCAUGUUCUCACAUCAGAGGAGUGGGCACGUGUAAGAGGAGGAGGCGCGGCGGACAGAAAAAUUGUGGAAGAGGUGCUCGGGAUUUGUUUCUCUGAACCGUCGUUUUGGAAUUUGAAAGUGGCGGAGAAAGUGCUGGAUAAGGGGAGCGAGGUGGUGGAUCAGGGUUUGUGGCGCGCGGUGCUGGAGGCCGCGAGGGCUGAGGGAGGGGAGGGGGGGAAGAUGGAUGUUGAUUUUGAUGGUGAGGUUGAGGUUGAGGGGAUUGAGCGGGCUUUGCCGGUUAGAAAGAAUGAGGGGAAAGAGGAGAAGAUCAAGGGGCCGACCAAGGUGUUGGGAAUGUGGAAACCGAGACCUAUUGGAUGGUUGCCUGAGGGGUGGGAGGAUGAUGACUAAAAAGAUUACUGCUCUCGACGUUGCAAACGAUGUAUAGUACCAUUCGUUGUCACUUCCGGGACACAUCUCGCAGACACAAGUUAGAGACUCAAGUCGGGGAAGCUCAAGUCAUACAAGAUGUUCUCAGAUUCUUACAUUUGAGUGGCCAUUUGCCAGCUAA